AUGGAUUUCCUUUCCAAAAAAUACGAGCUGGAAGUUUUACCGAUAUCCGACGGAGGAGUUAAGGACUCAAGUCAAUGGGCCUGCUUGGAACUCCGAUGCUGCAAGGGAAAGGAGAAGCACUUCGUCCGCUCGUUGAGUUACGUGCCAGGGUCGAAAACAUCCGAGCUUAGGCAAACAUAUCUAAGUUGCGCGACCAAACACAAUUUUCUUUCCUUUCUUGACGGCGAGGCUGAGAAGCCGAGGAUCCUGUGA